AUGAAUUUAAUACUACUGGGCAUGCCAGGUUCUGGGAAAGGUACAGUGGCUUCAUGGUUGCAAGAGAAGUACUUGUAUCGUCAAAUAUCCACAGGCGACCUUCUUCGUGAAGAAAGGAAGGUUGGAACUCAAUUAGGGAAGCAAGUGGAAGUAAUCAUGAAUGAGGGGAAAUUGGUCUCAGAUGAAAUGAUCAUUGAAUUGGUUAAAAAGCAUAUAAAAACGGUGGGUUUUAAAGGAGUGGUUUUUGAUGGGUUUCCAAGAACGGUUUUCCAAGCAAAAUCCUUGGAUGAAACUACUAAUAUUGAUCAAGUUAUUUUUUUAAAAGUCAGUGAAAAGAUAGUUGUAGAUCGUCUUCUUAAUCGAAGUGAUGAUUCAGGUCAAAGAAGGGAAGACGACAAUGAAAGGGUAAUCAAGGAGCGAAUAAAGGUUUACAUGGAGAAUACCCAACCUCUUAUCGAUCAUUACGAAAAAAAGUGUUUGCUCACGACUUUAGAUGGAGGAGUUUCGAUCGAAAAUGUUAGAAAUAAAGUUAAAGAGGUCAUUGAGAGCUUAUAA